CAAAAAGCGGCAUGCUAACCCGCCUCCUUUACAUGUUCCCGCCGCCGAAAUCCGAUGCCAAUAUGUGAUUGAACGGAGGAAGAAGGUUGUCUUGUUUGUACCUUGUUGAGUUGUGAGCUUCCCAGUUUACAAUUCCGUAGAAUGGACGAAACAGGAGCGAAGCCAAAAAGAAGCGGUACUCGUUUGUGCUGCGUAUGUAACCAAAGAAGAGCUGCCCUCAAAAGACCCAAGACUCUUGAACAGAUUUGCAGGGAGUGUUUUUAUGAUGUUUUUGAGGACGAGAUUCAUCAGGUUAUUGUGACUAACCAGUUAUUCAAGCCAGGCGAACGUGUUGCUCUUGGUGCUUCUGGUGGAAAGGAUUCAACAGUCCUGGCUUAUGUAUUGUCAAAACUAAAUAAGAAACACAAUUAUGGCCUUGACCUUUUCCUCCUGUCAGUUGAUGAGGGUAUCACUGGUUACCGGGAUGACUCGCUUGAAACUGUUAAAAGAAACGAAGUUCAGUAUGGGUUGCCUUUAAAAAUCAUAUCUUACAAGGACUUGUAUGGAUGGACAAUGGAUGAAAUAGUGAAGGUCAUUGGUUUAAAGAACAAUUGCACCUUCUGUGGAGUCUUCCGUCGCCAGGCCCUUGAUCGAGGAGCUGCGCUAUUGAAAGUUGAUAAGCUUGUUACUGGCCAUAAUGCUGAUGAUAUUGCAGAGACAGUUCUCCUGAACAUAUUACGGGGAGAUAUUGCUAGGUUGAGUAGAUGCACCUCAAUAACCACUGGUGAAGAUGGGCCCAUCCCCAGAUGUAAACCUUUUAAAUACACAUAUGAAAAGGAGAUCGUAAUGUAUGCAUAUUUCAAGAGGCUGGACUACUUUUCAACAGAAUGCAUCUAUUCUCCAAAUGCAUAUCGUGGUUUUGCUCGUGAGUUCAUCAAGGAUUUGGAAAGAAUUAGACCUAGAGCAAUUCUUGACAUAAUCAAAUCAGGGGAGAAUUUCAGGAUUUCUACUACUACGAAAAUGCCAGAGCAAGGGACUUGUGAACGGUGUGGUUAUAUAUCCAGUCAGAAAUGGUGUAAAGCUUGUGUUCUUCUCGAGGGACUUAAUCGUGGUUUGCCGAAGCUUGGAAUUGGAAAGGGUCGUGUCAGUGCUGAUGGUUCUGAGGAUAGAAAUGAAAGUGAUAGAGGAAAGAGUAUUGCCAGCAAACAAUGUGGAACUUUAGACUUCUAAGAUAUGCCCUUUUGAGCUUCAUGUCUUCUUCAACAGAAUCUUAAGUAUCUGGGCCUUUCAUUACUCUGGCAUUUAAUAUCAGUCAGUAGAUUCAAUAGCAGUUAUUGCAACUGGAGCGAGAAUCUUCAGUCUUCGAGGAUCUGAAUCAUGAGCUUCCACCCAAUUUUGACAAGAGGGGCUUGAAAGCUAAAAGGAGCGAUGUGGCGUUCUGUUAUGAUGGUGAAUGAAAUAGAUAACUACAGCACGCAGAUUUUGCAACUUUUCCUUUUCUCUUAUACGUCUCGUUGUGGGCAAUAAUUUCAGGCAUUGUAAUGGGUAUUUAUUGAAGCAACCCCAUUGGAGAAUGUUUCUAGUUUACUUAUAUAGCUGAAUUGUUUCAUUGGGUUUUUAGGCCAGAAAUUCAAUUCAGUAAAAUGCCUAGCGGCUGAAAUUUGAGGCUAUUUCUCAAAUUCACAUAGAUAGCUAGAUGAUUGUCAAAAAUAACUCUCUUUCAUACUUUGUACCCUUUCUCGUGUAUCUAUAAAGUGCUAUGACUUGGAAUCUUUUUUCUUUGUUGUAUUUAAUGGAACAUUCAACGGCUUA